AUGCUUGCCAGCCCCUACACGGUGCUGCUGGUUGCUUUUGGCGCUGUUGCACCGGAAAAGAUACAAGGCGUGCUUGCGGUUGCAAAUGCGUUUCACAUUUUGUUCCCCGUCUUGGCGAGUGGUAGCAACCCACCGAGCCUCCGGCGCCCUAGCCGCAGCAACUCCGGCCAGAUAGCGCACAAUCGUACUAGAGUAAAUCUUCCUUCGCUUCCCGUUUGUAUCACUGUAAUCGCCCUUGGCCUAGAUCCUGACCCCCGCCGCCCCUCUCGCUUGCUGUCCGCGGCUGUUGCUUCCGGUUGUCCACCGUUCCUGGCUCGUUUUCAGAAGCAAAAAGGCGGCGGAGGUGAUACGGGGAAGCACAAGAACGCUGCCGAUGAUGCUGAGGCAAAGAAGCGAGAGCAAAGGGCAAGGGCGAAUGAGCGAAAAAGGGAGAGACGAGCGGAAGUCAGAGCCCAAGCCUUGGCCAAGGAUACUGCCACCAUCAACGGUGACGAGACCACGGACAAGCUCCCGCCGCUCCGGGUGGCCAUUAACAGCCCCGGCAUGGGUUGGCUCCAGCCCGUGAGAACUUCUUCAGCCCAAGGGGGCGGUAGCGGCAGCGGCGGCGGCGGCGGCGGUAAGAAGAAGGCUUCUUCUCCCGCGGCGGCGGCGAGAGCGGCGGCAAUGGAGGAGACUGCCGACUCCUCCGCAACGGCGGCGGCGGCGGUGGUGGCCGCGUGCUCCCCAAAGUCCAAGGCUCGAAUCGAGCGCGUGGCUUCGGCGGCGGACGCUAUCGCGGCGAGGGUGUCCUCCGGAGCCAUGGGCGGUGGCGGCUCCUUCGGCGGCGGGGGAGCGGAUAGCAAUGCGACGCAUGGCGUUGGCGGGCCUUGGGCCCAUGCCGCGGGAGUGAAGAACGUGGCCGGAGGCGGAGGCACUGCCGCUGGCUUUUUCUCGAGAAGCAGCACCCCCAUGUGCCCGGAGGCUGUGAAGGCGCUGCUGGCGGACCCUGAGAAGUCGAAAAUGUUCCUCUCCAACCUGCUGGGGGAGAGUGUCCGAGAGGUGGAAAGCGCGAAGCGCAAGCGCGAUCAGGUCAAGGGCGAGAGGAAACGUCUCGCGAGAGAUCGCUCCAAGGCUCAACAGGCACGCGUCCGCGUGAAAGAGGGGAAGGAUUGA